AUGGGAAGCAUUCAGGAACAAUAUAGCUCCCGCGAGGAGAGCGCCCGCAUCGUCGGGCUGUUGUGCAGUUUGUUUGAUCCCAUCGGACUGCCCACCGAGGCGCAGACGGUCGCCAAAAAUGUCAUUUUCAAGGCUGAAAGGGAUCAGCCCAUUUUCCCGAUUCCUUUCAAGGAGACCGAGACCACUGCUGCUCUCAAGGCGAUAGAAGGCUCGGUUGCCAGCUUGUUGGCGGCCACACAGAAAAACACUGACAGCAACAGACAGGUUACUGUCAGUUUGGAAAAGACGACUGCAUUUCUAUUCCAGGCCUAUCUGGCCACAGUUGGCGGGCUGGGCAAGUUGGAUAAGAGUGUGCGAUCGCUACUAAAAGACACCGAUUUGUUGCAAGCACAGUCAGACCCGUACCGCCGCAUGUCGGCAAAUUUGUACAAGACUGCAACUCCUGGACAGUAUUACCACAUCCAUGGAUCUCUUGAGGCUUCCACGACUCUGGGGUUCCUAGGACUGGAGCCUUUCCGGCCAGACCUCGAGACACACGAGCAAAUCGUGGAGACUAUCGAGUCGGCCGUCAAGAAGUUUACCCCUGAGCAACUCGAGGCCAUGAAUGCGCAACAUCGCCAGGCUGGUGUGCAGGCACUCAAGCACGAGGAAUUCCUAAAGACACAACAUGGUCAAGUGAACAGCCAGAUUCCUCCAUGGGCCGUCACGUGCCUUGAAGACAAGAGCCCAAAAGUCGGUCUGCCAGCUGCUGAUCCGAAGAGGCUCCUGUCCGGCGUCAAGGUGCUUGAGCUGUGCAGAAUCAUUGCAGGCCCGGUCGUCACGAGGAUCCUGGGGGAGUAUGGUGCUGAUGUGCUCAAGAUCACCAGCCCGAACCUGAGUGAUGUGCCCUUUUUCCAGGUGGACGGAAACAUGGGUAAGCAUGCUGCUGAGCUCGAUCUCAAGUCGCCAGAAGGACGCAAGAGAUUCGAGGAGCUGGUGGCCGAGGCCGAUAUCGUUGUGGAUGGCUAUCGACCUCAAGCGAUUGAGAAGCUCGGCUACGGUGCCAAGUUCUUGUCCGAACUGGCUGUGAAGAGAGGCAAGGGAUUCGUCUAUGUCAAUGUGAACUGCUUUGGAUACGAAGGAGAAUGGGCACACCGUCCUGGUUGGCAACAGAUCGCAGAUUGCGUGAGCGGUGUGGCUUGGGAGCAAGGAAAGUUCAUGGGACUCGACGAGCCUGUGGUGCCUCCUUUCCCCAUCUCGGAUUACGGUACUGGAUGCAUGGGUGCCAUCACGGCAUUCAUUGGACUGUAUCACCGGGCUACCCGCGGUGGUUCGUGGCACGGCAAAGCCUCUCUGCUGCAGUACGACCUCCUCUUGUUCAAGGCAGGCUUGCUGCCUCCCGGUGUUCAGGAAACUUUGCGCAGCUGGACAGGACCGGAAUUCCUGUCCCUGGAUCAUGCAAACAGCGUGGAUCAGAUUUCCGGAACUGCGCUCCGCCGCAUGAGAGAAGUGUUCCCCGAGUUUGCGCUGGACAAGAAAUACCUUGACCACUGGUACUCCAACGCGUACAAGAAUGAUGUCGAGGCCGUCAAGCCCGUCGUAGAGAUCGACGGCUUGGAUAUUAGUUUCAAGCGGGCGAGCAGACCCAAUGGAUCAGAUCAGCCAACGUGGGACUUUGGGGACGACGGCGAUUAUAGAAAGUAG